GCUGCUCUGCCGCCGUCUUCCUCACACACAACAGCCCCAGCACACGCCUCGCCCAUUGCAGAGCUCCCAUGUCACUGAUUCAGCAUGUCACACAGCAGGAGGGCACUGACCGCGAAGAGGCGCUCGUAGACGUGUUUCUGCCGCCCAUUGAGCGCCAGCAGAGCCGCCAGGAUGCUGCUGAGCGCCGACUCUCGCUCGAGAGCGCCAUCUCCAGCGCCGGCUUCAUGCAUCCCCACGCCAAGGGCGUCCGGAGAGUCAUCAGCUACGAUGUCAUUCCCAAGCCCGGCGAACCCUCGUCCGGUGAGGAGCCCGGCGGUCUAACACCCUACAAAGUCUCGACUGCGAAGCGUAUCGCUCAGGUCAUUGCAACCGUCCUCGCGUGUUGGUUUGCCAGCGGUAUCGUCUUUGGCUUUGCCGCGCUGAAGCCAAUUCUCGUCAAAGAAGGUGUCUUCCGCGACUUGUGCACCCCCGAAGAGCUUGACGACAAUGUCGAAGUCUGCUUCGAGCAAGAUCUCCGCCUCAACUUCUUCUUUUCCUUGGCCUCUACUACUGCAAAUGUUUCUGCCCUGCCAGUCGGCACGUUGCUGGACCGCUACGGCCCCAAGCUCUGCUUUCUCACCGGCUCCUUCUGCCUCGCUGUGGGCAGUAUUCUCAUGAGCCUUGCUUUCAAGAUCGAACACUUCGACGGCUACACAAUUGGCAAUUUCCUUCUCGCCCUGGGAGGCACUUUUGUCUUUUUGCCUUCGUUCCAGAUUGCUAACGCCUUCCCCAAAUACAGCGGCAGCAUUGUAGCGCUCGUCACAGGCGCCUUUGAUGCCUCAGCAGCAGUCUUUCUCUUCUACAGGCUUCUCUACGAUGCCAGCGACCGCGCCUUCAAGCCAGAGACGUUUUUCCUCAUGUAUCUGAUUGUCCCAGCCGCAAUCACGAUUGCGCAGCUGACCUUCUUGCCCUCGGAGAACUACAAGACCGAAGCCCAGCUCGAGAUGAAGAUUCACAAAGCCGAAAAUGUUAUGCGCGACGUGCACUCCUCAGACGACGAGCUGUCCGAUGAAGAGAUGUGGAGGCGCCGCAAAGCCCGCAGCAUUCGCCGCAAGGAGCGGCUGAGCAAGCUCGACGACCUUCUCGGCGACGAAACAACCCGCAAGAUCCGAGAGGAGAAGCAGGAGCGAAAACUAGAAGCCUCUGGUGUUUGGGGAGCUCUGCAUAACAAGUCUGCCAAAGACCAAAUGCUGACACCCUGGUUCAUUCUGCUCGUUCUUCUGACCAUCAUUCAGAUGGUGCGCAUGAACUACUUCAUUGCCACGAUCCGCGAACAAUAUGUGUACAUGCUCGGGUCCGUCGAGUUGGCCGAAAAGGUAAACAACUUCUUCGACGUUGCACUGCCUCUCGCCGGAGUUUUCUCUACUCCAUUUCUCGGCGCUCUGCUCGAUAACGUCAGCACAGCCGGCGUUCUCUUCCUUCUCGUCGUCAUGACUACCGCCAUCGGCAUCUUUGGCUCAAUCCCCACGCUUUGGGCCGGUUAUGUCAAUGUCGUCCUCUUUGUCUUUCUGCGCCCGCUCUACUACUCUACCAUGUCUGACUACGCCACCAAAGUCUUCGGUUUUGCUACAUUUGGCAGGGUGUACGGCACCAUCAUCUGUAUCUCUGGAUUGGUUAAUCUUUCGCAGACGGGUAUUGAUGCCUUGACCAAGAGUCAGUUUGACGGUGACCCGACUCCUGCAAAUAUCUUUUUCGCGGCCUCUGCGUUUGUCGUGGGUAGCGCGCUGGUCGCCUACGUUGCUAUUCAGGUGCACCGCAUGCACAAGAGGCUGGAUCAAGAAGAUGCGAUGACAGUAACAAAUACGGAUGUUGGAUCCAUCAUGGAAAGCCUGUUGGAAGAGGAUGAGCCGAGAGGUUACGGCACCGUUCAACGUCCACGUCAACCCUGGGAGGUCUAAACGGAACCAUUUUUACUACUACAUGCGGUCAAUGCUUUUACCAAUCUCCACGGCUGACAGGGCAAGUGUGGCGAUAUUAUUCUUACGACUAUGACUCGGGUAUAGCUAUCCUGGCAUUGCGGAGCGUACUUCAAUUUCCUUCAACAUCUAAAAAGUCCGAAACUUCUCUUCUCUUUACAGGAGGCGUUUGGUUCUCCCGAGGGCAUCCGACAAAAUGGUUUUUACGAGGCGUUUCUUGUACUGGUUAUCAAGCGAGCGUUGCUGCAAGUCUCUGGUUUUGUAUGUUUCCAGCGGUCAUUAUUGUUUCCAGACACGCGAGUCUUUUGUAGACUAGAUUG